AUGAUUAUUUUGCUGGAUGAGUUUCAACUAGCACUAUUUAGAACUCCCUAUGGUGAAAAUCUUUUCCUAGACAAGUUUGUUCAUGCACUCAAUGUCUUCCAUCCAUAUGCCCCUAUGGAUGAUAAAAUUGAUUUUGCAUUUAGGCUCUAUGAUCUGAGACAAACUGGGUUCAUUGAGCGAGAAGAAGUUAAGCAAAUGGUGAUUGCCAUAAUGAUGGAAUCUGACUGGAAAUUGUCAGAUGAUCUUCUUAAGUCUAUCAUUGAUAAUGUAAGCAUUAUGUAG